UUCUUGACGUUGAGGAACCAGGAAGCUGGGCCCAGUUGACGGGUUUUCUGUCAAGGAAGGGAUACGAGUUCAGCGCCGUGUCCCUCUAUCCAUGCAGUGACUUCGCCAAGGGGCUUGGUGUCACCAUGCCAGACGACAUGUGGGCGUCAUCUUUUGAGGAUGAGGAUCUCCUGAUGGACAGGAAGACACUUCUUGUAGGAGAUUCGUCAACUCUUGAGUACGAUGAAAUGCUGAAGUGGACGUUCGAGGAAAGAUGUAGCCCUUGGCAAAAUCCGGCCAGAGACAGGCAUGUUUCAAAACUCCUCGCCGUAUACCCAGUUGAGCUGCUGUACUUCGGGCCAGUUAGCCAACAUGGCAUAGACGAAAUGGAAGUAUAUUUCCGUGGAUCAAGGAAAUUCCACAAUGAAGUAACACGAAUCAAAACCUCAAUCAUUACACAUAAUUUCACAAAACCAUCGUUGCGCAGCAAACACCCAAGUCUUGUACUGUAUAUGAGACUGACAGGCGUAGCAGCGACCUCAGAAACCCAAAGUCUCUCCGGCUAA